AUGAUGAAGGCCACCAUCCCACUGUGCUUGCUGAUGGCCACGCUUCACCUCGCUACCCACAGCCUGACCCAGACUGACCACCACAAUGAUGAGCACAAGGCUACUGACCCCCAGGAGCAACAUCCCCAUGAAGGAGAUCCUCUUGAGUCCUGCCAACGGAUAGUCCCCAGCAACACAGAAUUUGCCUUCCGGUUUUACAGGCAAGCAACCACUCAAGAACCUGGCAAGAACAUUUUCUUUUCCCCAGUCAGCAUCUCCACUGCUUUUGCCCUGCUGGCCCUGGGAUCCAGAGCCACCAGCCAGGCUCAGGUGCUGGAAGGGCUGGCCUUUAACCUCACCAACACCCGGGAGGAGGAGAUACACAACGGCUUUCGUCAUCUCCUCCUCUUUCUGAACCGCCCUGGCAGCCAGGUACAGCUGAGCAUGGGGAACACCCUGUUCAUGGACAAACACCUGAAGCCACUAAACACAUUUCUGAAGGACAUCAAAAAACUGUACAAAGGAAAAGUUGUUUCUAGUAACUUCCAGAAUUCCACUGAAGCUAAAAAAGAGAUCAAUGAUCAUAUAAGGAACAAAACCCAUGGGAACAUAAACCAAAUACUUAAAGACCUUGAUCCAAACACUCUAAUGGUAAUUGUUAACUACAUUUAUUUCAAAGCCUACUGGGAAAAUCCUUUCAAUAUUAAGGGGACUCACAAAGAUUAUUUCCAUGUGAAUAUGAAGAACUCAGUUGAAGUGAAGAUGAUGACUCGAGAUGGAUUUUAUAAAACAUACUCUGACAGGAAGCUGUCUUGCAAGGUGGUGCAGAUUCCUUACAAGGGAGAUGUUGCAGCAUUGUUUAUCCUGCCCAACGAAAGAAAAAUGAAACAGUUGGAAGAUGCCCUGACAAAAGACAUUGUGUCUAGAUGGGAAAAAUCACUUCAAAGACGGAGGAUAGAACUGUAUAUUCCAAAACUGUCGAUUUCGAGCACCUAUGACUUAAAGAAGUUGUUCAUGAAUCUGGGUGUAACUGAUGUGUUUUCUGACCGGGCUGAUCUGUCUGGAAUCACAGGAAAGCCUGAUGUGAAGGUUUCAAAAGCUGCUCACAAGGCCCUGCUGGAGGUUCAUGAGAAUGGUACAGAGGCUGCAGCAGUCACUGGCACAGAUUUUCUUCCUCAUUCUGUUCCUCCUGUUGUUAAAUUCAACCGUCCAUUCUUGCUGUUGAUUGUUGAUCAAUAUACUCAGAGCAUCCUCUUCAUGGGAAAAAUUGUGAACCCUACUGAAAAAUGACUGGUCAGUGGCUGGUCUUAUUGAUUUGAAUUGCAUUCUUCAUACAGUCAUAGUUCAACAUGAUUAAAAUUAUAUCAAAACAGUUACUAACAAUUUUCUUUUU